AUGUUACAACACCAAUGGCAUCAGCAAUGUGCAACUAAUUUGAGCUUGACAUUGUCGACAAAGGAUGAAAUUGAUAAGGAUCUCGAAGGUGUUGAACUCCUUACUGUUCUUCACAUUAUAAGCAUGGCAAGGAAUCAAAAUCAAAUCAGAAAAAAGACACAUUUUAUGGCCCAGAAUGCAACAGUUUUUAUUGAGGAAACAUUUUUGCAAUCCUGGCUGAAAAUAGCCUUUCAUAUUUUUAACUUGAUCACACUCAGUAAAGUUUCGGCAAAGCCUUGGUUCAAUUUCCCUUCUAUUGACUUCCUUUUGAUUAUCAGAAGCAACACUCUCAAGUACAGUAAUAGCGAUGAUGUGAGCAGUGGAGACGUAAAUCAUUCAACCAGGAAUAACAUUAAAGUUGGGAAAAAUCACGCAGGAUUAUGUGAUAAUUUUCUUGAAAAUUUAUGCCUUUGUUCAUCCGUGGGUACAAGCUGGCUAAAGAUAUCUAUCAAUGAAAGCAAUUUUACAUUCUUUUAUGAUGCGAACAAAAUAUGA